GACGGCAGCCAAAAACCGAGACGACUUGGCGCCUUUCACUCGCGGCGACCGCGGGUCAUCAUCGGCGCAUCCGUCCGGGGGAAACGUUUUGCCAUAGCAGCCCGCUCAUUGCUUCUGCUCUCCGGGACGCAGGCCAGGCCGGUUUUUGCUCCCGUAAUUUCUAUCGACGUAUUCCGCACCUGCGCGGGACUUCUUCCAAACACGCGAAGGAGAUCACGUGUUCCUCCCACAGCGCUUCGAGUGACGAAGGACCACGUGCAACAAGUUUUCGGCGCGAUGGCUCAACAAGACGGUGACUGCGGCGGCGGUGAGGACUGGCUCCAGAUCCGCGACAUGAGGCCCCACGAAAUCUGCCAGGCCGUGGACAUCUGGAAGGAGCAGGGUCUGGAGCAGGGCAUGAACAACGUGAGCAUCUUCUACCAGGUGGACCCGGAGGGCUUCUUUGUGGCCGUCGAUACCAGGACAGGAGAGGUCGUGGCCACGUGCGCCUGCAUGAGGCAGCGCCCGUCGCUCUACUUCGUCGGUAUGUAUGCGGUGCGCAAGAAGCUCCAGGGCCGGGGCAUCGGGGUCCGUCUCUGGAAGACCAUGACACAGCGAUUCGGCGACUGCAACGCGGGCCUCAACGCGGUGCCCAAGCACCUGAGCACGUACCGGGACCGGGCGGGCUUCGGCUUCGUCGAGCCCUGGAACACCCUUGUCUACAACACCGUAACGGUGACGCCCGAGAAGCUGCCGGCGCAGACGGACGACCUUCGCGUGGUGCCGAUCGAUGAAGAGCUGCGGCCACAGGUGAUCGCCUACGACGCACUUGUCCACUGCUUCGACCGCGAAGCCACCGUCACCUUGACCGUGACCGACACGGAUGGCUUCUCCAAGGCGGUCCUGAGACGCCAAGACGACGGAGAAGACCUGGUCUGCGGCUUCGGCAAGAUCAGCAGCAACAUCCUGGGAGGCGCCAUGGUGGGACCCCUGUACGCCAAGGACCCUGAGGCCGCCGGAGCUCUCCUGCGUUGCCUGGUGGAGAGCAACCCGCUCUCCCGGGUCAGCCUGACCAUGAUGGUGGUGGACUGCAACCCGGACGCAUGCAGCCUCGCCGAAGACCUGGGUCUCAAACAUUACAUGAAGGUGCCUCGCUGUUACCGCAAGGAAAGCGUGCCCGCCCGGCUCGAACAGGUUUAUGCUCAACACGACCUCAACUUUUGCACAUUUUAAAAGGCGGAUGCCUGGAUUAUUUAGCACUUUAAAGUAAUUCCGUCAGAUGUUCCAUGGAGGAGGAGGGGAAAAAUGCAAGGUGACGGGAGAUAGCGGGUUCAGUGGCAGCCCUGUUUUGCUCAUUCCGACGUGUAUGCUUUGGCACGGAACGUGCUGAGAUUAGAUGGCAGCAGCUAUGGUUUCUCGCGCACUUACCUUCAUCCGUUGAAUGACGUCAUAGUUAAAUGUAAAAUUCGUGCAAUAUUUCGGUAAAGACAGAUUGCAGAGUCAGACCCGGUGUCGUCUAACACCUCACAGCUGACAAGGACGUGCUGCUGGAAUUAUUACGUCACCUGGAGGAGGGAGCAUGAAGCACAAAUUAGGCUUUGGUACUGAUUCGGAGCUUGCCCGGGGCUCGUGUUCAAUCUGUGACAGCCACAGACUCCAGCCGAAAGCUGACCAAACACUCGUGUUCAAUAUGUGCCUCCUCGCUGGCCUCUUGAUGAUGUUGCAGAAAAUUCAACACUACGGCUUUGUUAUCUAGGACGUGUUGCGUUUUCACAAGGGACAUUGAGAAAGGGCGUGACGACGCUGAUACCAAAUAUUUUACUAGGGGAAUGAAUCUCACGCCAAGAAAAUCCAAUGGCCCCGGCGCGGACAGGUUUUGAGUAGUUCAAAUGACUGGACGCGCCGAAGCUUGUGUUUUUUCGUGUUUUUUUUUACAUUUAUUAUUGGGGGCUUUUCUAGCGCCUGUCGAGACAGCCGUCUGGUCUGUCUGACCGCCAGCAAUAACCCUCUCUCUUGGAGCGCAGACUGCGCGAUACGAUGCAUUCUUUAGAGCGCGAGGCGCCCACACUGAUAACAGAAACUUUGGUGCUGUAGGUGCGCUGUCUAAGCAGGUAAAACAGAGUUCUGGCUUUCCACUUACUAUGUCCUUGCAGCACAAAUAAAAACAAAAAAAUACGAGACUUUUAUUUUUUCAUGUUUUGGUAAUAAAAGGUAAUACACGUAAUGUUAUUUAUGUAUUAUAUAUAUGUGGGCUUGACAUAAUACACCGCUACAGCAUCGGGUAGUUUUUCCGUGGAUAAAAUGUAAUUAAGGACGACAAUAUAAGCAAUACAAAAUGCAUCUUAAUGUUUCCUUCGGUUAAUAUACUAGAGAAAAAAGAAAGGCUCGCACACAAUACCUCGCUCUAAUUGAAGUGCUACCGGACUACGCACAGCAUUUAACAUCUUAACUUUGAGAUCAAUAAAGAAAUGUUUACAGGUUGCGCAGCAUCAAACAGUUUUGUUAUAGUGAACUGAAUCUAAACGUGAUUGAGCCACAUUAAAAGUUUCUCCUCGAGAAAAUUUAACUUGAGUUUUCAUAGCUGAUAGCCAAACAACUUACCUCAAUAUUUCAGAAGGUUUCAUUACUUUAUAAACCUUAUAGAACAUGCUUUGUAAGUCAGUUUACCCAUCGGACUUUUUUUAUUUUUCUACACAACUAUGACCGCUGACGUAACCGCACGUAAGAAUACUAGCUUUUAAACAAUUUGCACCCAGAAACUGUGCAAGGAAUGGAGAUGCAAACGACAUGUGAUGGUAAUAUUUCGAAAUUAACACACUCCCGGCGACAAAUAAAGUGCUUAGCCUCGUGAGUUGUACAACUGUUUCGAAAAGGGACACCAUGGUUAUUCUGCUUCGGUGUAUUCAACCCCGCACGUGCACGUUCAGUUGUUCGGCGCUCAAGCCUUCUUCCCGUGAAGGCUACCUUCAACAAAUAGCUUGUAUUUGUAUCGCCAAGGUGUACGCAACAUUUCACACGCGGUCUACUGCUACUGAGGUUUGAAGGACGUUCUGAAUAUUAAGUGUUGCUCAAAGUAAGACGGUCCUACUUGUCACGGACCGUCAUCCCCUCCGCACUCUAUAACAGUAGGAAUGCUCGACCGUGUACCUUUUUUGAUGCGUGAGUCAUGCACAUAUCUUGGAAGAAAACCCGAAAACACAAACGAAGCCAAUUUUAGUAGCUGGUAUGAAACAUGCUCCGGGUCUCUUGAUGAGUUUAUAUAUAAAUAUUAAAACCCCUAAAUGUUCCAGCGUGGCCAAUUUUAUUCAGGUAUCUAUUUCAACUGUAUCAUCUCACAUGGUGUUGGUCUCUUCGGCAUACCCAAAGGCAUUCGAAAUGCUUAGCGUUUAUAGGUCCCCUUUGCUUCGCCGCGCACAUCAUUCUCGCUGUGCCGCUGCUCCCAUGGCACGUCCGGCGACACCUUGAUCCGACAUCUUGACGUCGUGGUGUUGCGUGGUGUCACUGUCACGUGACAUAAUGGUUCCGCGCGACCUGAUGUGGUGUCACGUGAAACGGUACCCCAUGUAACCACGUUACUGUGUCGCUUUACGUCACCUGCUCACAAGAGUUACGUGACGUCACGUCAUGCGACACCAUGGCUACAUGUAAGCACAGACAUAAAACAAGUUGACUUCAAAAAGGCCAUGCAUUUAAAAUUCUACAGGUGAAAUAAGUUUGGGUUGCCGCCUUCGUCUUCUUUUUUGGUUUCCCUGUGUUUAAAUAUUAAUUAUUUGAACUAUUCAUGAUGCUAAGCUAAGAGUUUGGUUUACGUAUCUGCACUUCCCUCGAAAAAAUAACAAGAAACUGCCAAGUCCAGUAUUUAAUGCUCGAAGUGGUGUGGCCAGGCUGCCGACAAAAUCAAUCUAUUAAUUGCUAAGCGCACAUCGAAGGAACUAAACGUCAGGCAUUCCUACCAAGCUAUUGUGCUUUUAAAUAUCCUUUUGGUGUGUAUCGCCACCGCUUGUAAGGAGGAGAGGAAUGAGUUUGAGUUCCGGACCAAAGAAAUGUUGUCGUAUAUAGUGUGUAUUUUUAACGUGGAUCAGCCUUUAGCCUUGAGGACAGGUUCACUUGGUUGGUCUUAUUUCUGAAAGUGUUAAACGUUUUUAUUUAUAUUACACUCAUUUACUUGGUUAUUUUUACCCCGGAUAUUAUGCUUGCUGCUGAAUCGUAGAAAGUUUUCGAAUUGUUCAAACGUUGGCGCUUUUCGAGCUUGUUAUCAAUGCACAACUUGUUACGUUGUAUUUAUGAAAUAAAUGAUUCUUUAACAAUGUUAUAAAAAGUAUGGGUUAUGUGCAAGAAGUAAGUACACAUGUUGCGUUGAUGGCAGCUUCUUAAUAAACAAAAUGGUUUACUAUUCCUUUUCGCAA